UACAAUCAUAAUAAUGAGGACUGGGAAGUCUAUCGUGAGCUACUUGAUAUCGCAACUCAUCUAAUGCCUACUAUGUUCAAGGCUGCAGCUGAGGAGUCCAGGUCCUGUUGCCAGGGUGAGGUUGCUGAAGAUCCGGAUGGCACACUUUACCAGCCAGGAAAUAUCUUGGGUUAG